GUGUGUGUGUGUGUGUGUUUGUGUGGUAAAUUUUGAACUUUGAGAGUCAGAGGACAUACAGGACCCUGUCUAUGGCUAAAUAUCUUUGGUUACUCUUCUACUUUUCUUAUCUGUUCUGUCUCACUCAUAAUUGCUCAAGUAGACAGAACUUUCUGCCUACGUUUAGCUAAGCACAGAGUUAUUAUGCCUUAAAAUCAUUAAUUUACCCAUAAUCCCCUCCCCCUUUCACAUUCAUAAUUAGACAUGAACUCCCGCACACUAAUCUACCCCGAGUUGUUCUCUGAUCCUCACAGUAACACCCCACUGGCUCGGACACUGGGACAGCUUUAAGGACACAGCAGGUACAAGGCAAGGGAUUCCAGAAGGAGCACAACAACUUCAGUCUAGCUGAGGCAUCUCUUCCUGCACCUCAUGGAAAAGUCUGUUCGUGCCACAAGCGGUUUAAACGUGGACCUUCUAAUCCAGAGCAAACUUGUGGUGCAUUUCCACCCGAAAUCCUGAGGAAUUUAAGAGCUGAUUAUACAACAACACAUAACAGUUUCUCUAUUUAUUUCUCCUAUUCAGAAUCACUUUCUAGUUCCAUUUGUUUUCUAGGGAGAAAGUUCAGGACAUUCUUCAAGUCAAAACAGAUAUAUUUUACAACCCACCUGACAGAACAUUGGGUAAUAAACUGUAUUCCUCACGUGAGUUGCGACAUUCCCUGUUGUUGUGGACAUCUGAGCCAUGGCCUUUUCUGACCUGCUGGAGCAGGUGGGCAGCACUGGACGCUUCCAGAUCCUGCAUGUCACCCUGUUGAGUAUGCCCAUCCUGAUGAUGGCCAGCCAUAACCUGCUGCAAAAUUUUGCGGCCGCUGUGCCGCCGCACCACUGUGCCCCCCACGCCAACCUCUCAAUGUCCUCCAUGGGGGAUGUGCUGCGGGCAACGGUGCCCCUGGGCCAGAACGGCAAACCGGAACGCUGCAGACGCUACGCACAUCCUCAGUGGCAGCUCCUAAACAGCAAUAGUUCAGAGAGCCUAUGGGAAGAGGGUGUGGAAGAGAUAGAGAUGCAGAGGUGUGAGGAUGGAUGGUACUACAACAUUACAGAAAUGAGCUCGACUAUUAUUACUGAGUGGGACUUGGUUUGUGACCACCGUGCCCUAAAACAAAUGAGUCAAACUACCUAUAUGGGAGGCGUCCUUGUGGGAGCAGUGCUUUUUGGGGGGCUUUCUGACAGGUUUGGCCGGCGUAUUUUACUGCUGAUUUCUAACUUGAUGAUGGCGGUUGGAGGAACAUGUGCUGCCUUCUCCACCUCUUUCACUAUGUUUUGCCUUUUCCGUGUCUGCUGUGGCAUGGCCCUGUCUGGUGUGGUGCUCAACUCCUUCUCUCUAAUUGUUGAAUGGAUCCCUACGCGUGUGCGGACGGUGGUGGGCACAGGAACGGGCUACUGCUACACAACAGGCCAGCUGAUCCUGGCAGCCGUCGCUUACUGCAUCAGAGACUGGCGCUGGCUCACACUGGCUGUCUCUCUGCCUUUCUAUGUGUCCUUCCUCUAUUCAUGGUGGUUCUUAGAGUCUGCUCGUUGGCUGGUCCUGACCAAGAAAUCAGAACAGGCAGUAAAAAACCUCAAAACGGUGGCCCGUAUAAAUGGACGCCGUGCAGAAGGCGAUAAAAUCAACCUUGAGAUGUUGCAAGAGUCCAUGAAAAAGGAGAUGGCCUGUUCAAAGGGGUCUUACAGUGCUCUAGACCUCCUGCGCACAUCCACUAUGAGAACCAUCACCGUGUGCCUUAGCGCAGUCUGGUUCUCAACGAGCUUCGCCUACUACGGCCUCUCCAUGGAUCUGCAAAAAUUUGGGGUCAGCAUUUAUCUUAUUCAGGUCAUCUUUGGAGCAGUGGAUAUACCAGCCAAAAUUGUUGUUACGAUAUCCAUGAGCAUGUUAGGACGAAGACCAUCUCAGUGCGGAGCUCUUGUACUGGCUGGCGUAAUGAUACUCAUUAAUCUUCUGGUGCCUUAUGACCUGCAAGUGUUACGCACCAGUCUGGCAGUGAUUGGGAAGGGUUGCUUGGCUGCAUCAUUCAGCUGCUGUUAUCUGUACUCUGGAGAGCUGUAUCCUACGGUCAUCCGUCAGAACGGAAUGGGAUGGGUGUCUAUGAUGGCUCGGUUUGGAGCAAUGGUGGCACCCAUGGUGCUUCUUCUGGGAGAGGAUUCCCCAUGGCUACCUGGUUUUAUCUACGGAGGGGCUCCAAUUGUCAGUGGAAUCUUCGCAUUCUUUCUCCCAGAAACCCUUGGACAAUCUUUGCCUGAUACUAUCCAGGAUGUGGAUGACAGAGGUUUAGGAUGGAAAAAUUCCAAAAGAGUACCUGAAAAAGAGGAUUUGGCCAAUAAGGAUCCCAGUUGUAUCCUCCUGAAAGAGUCUGUAUGAGACGGUCACUUCACUGGAGUAUCUGACUGCAGUAUGUUGGGAACACACAAAUAGAGAUGAUCAUUGCCAUACAGAAGAGAACUUAAGUGUUCAUGUGAUGGAAACAACCAAUGGCUGUAAUUGGGGGUUUCUUUGAAUCUGAAUGAUAAAUAGUUGGCUCAUCAUUGGUAUCUUCUUGUUUUUCUGACUGUAAUAAGUUAAAAUUAUUAUUUACUUGUACAAAGUGAGAGAUAGAGCUUCAAAUGGAGCUUUGUGCUGUUUAGAAAUCUUUACUGUUAUAUAUAUAUAUAUAUAUACGUAUGCGUGUGGGUGAGUGUGAAAUUUUUGUUUUAUUACAUGAAUGAUAAAAACAAAUAAAGAACACAAAUUGUUGAUAA